AUGCCUAUAGCAACAGCAGAAAUACCAGCCGUGACACUUUCUUUCGCCAAUAAUUUUUGGGGAAAGGAUGAUGCAGGAGUAGGACCGCUCCUAGAGCGAAUGCAAAGCGCCAAGACUACAUGUGACGAAUUGAAGUCAUUUUACGGUGCUCGAGCCUCGAUCGAGGAUGAAUACUCUCGAAAAUUGCUCAACCUUUGCCGGAAAUCGCUAGGAUCCCAUGAGAUGGGAACCUUGAAGACGUCACUGGAUACUCUGAGGGGAGAGGUUGAGGCCAUGGCGAAACAGCAUCAAAGUAAUGCUGCGCAAAUGAAAUCGGAAUUGGAAGAGCCGCUAGCCGCGUUUGCGGGCGGCAUGAAAGAAAGACGGAAGAUUGUCCAGAACACAGUCGAAAAGCUCCUCAAGACCAAGAUACAGCAAACCCAACAGGUUAACAAGACGCGAGACAAGUAUGAGCAGGAAUGCUUGAAGAUCAAGGGCUACCUGGCUCAGGGACACAUGGUGAUGGGACAAGAAGAGCGUCGAAAUAAAGCCAAGUUGGAGAAGACACAAAUUUCUCUGGCCACUGCUAACCAAGACUAUGAGAGCGCUGUCAAGGUGUUGGAAGAAACCACUGCUCGAUGGAACCGAGAGUGGAAGGCAGCGGCGGACAAGUUUCAGGACCUUGAAGAAGAAAGACUUGACUUCACAAAGAGCAGCCUGUGGACUUUUGCAAACAUUGCAUCGACGGUCUGUGUCAGCGAUGACGCAUCAUGCGAAAAGGUUCGACUUUCUUUGGAAAAAAUGGAGGUAGAGAAGGACAUCAUUCACUUUAUCACAGAGCGUGGCACAGGACAAGAGAUUCCGGAUCCGCCUAGAUACAUCAACUUCUGCAGAGGAGAUGUCAAUGAUAGCCAGUCCGAGGUGUCAGAAGAUGAGAGCUAUUCGGUCGCUCAGUUUCCACGCAGCAUCAACCCAGCCUUCCGGUCGUCCUCCCCUCAGCCGUCGACUUUUGAGUCUCAUCAUGAUCCGAACUCUAUGCUGGCGAACAAAAGCUCCGCCGGCGAUGCGGAAAUCGAUGGACGAACAACAGCACGCAUCUCCGUCGAUGCGAAAAUCGAUGGACGAGCAACAACGCACAUCCCCGGCCAUGCGAAAGCCGAUGGAUGA